AUGGCAUCCUUCAAAAAGUAGAAUGAAACAAGUGAAAAGUUAGAUUGGCUCUAAAUAGAGCUAAAUAAUUAGUAUUCUACUAAUCAGAUUACUAAUAGUAUAAGCAAAAGAAAGGUGCUAGAUUUAAAUACUUAUAAUAAUAAUGAGAACGAGUUCAAAGAUGAGUGGAACGAAGAGGAAAAAAUUAAAUUAGAAAAAAUACUUUAAAAAAUGAAAUUAAUGAAAAAUCAGUAAAGGGCGCAUGACAUUGUGAAGAAUCUUCCUUCAAGAAUGUAUAAAAAUUUCGACAAGACAAAGUUUGAUCUUCUAAAUGACAGGUCAAGUUUUUAUGAAGAAAUUGUAAAAGAUUAGAGGAAACCUUCUCACUAUUAAUUAGAAACAUAAAAAGUGCAACUUCAUAUGCCUUCCAUAGUUUUAUAGAAAGCAUGCUCCCCUGAAUUUAAUAAGGGGUAGAGAAAAAAAAUAGAAAUAUUUUCUAAUUUAAAUAAGCAGCUCAAAGAAAUAAUUAAGAUAUGUUGUCUUUCUAUUUCUUCUGCCUUAAAAAUAAUACCUGUUAUUUAACCUUCUAGUACGUUUAAACUUGCUUGGGACUCUAUUAAUAUGUUAGUUAUUUUACUUUGUAUGUUUUAUUUGCCAGUAGCUAUAGCAUUUAAUUUUAAUUAUGAAGAAAUUAUGCCGAAAGAGCUAUUGUUUGUCAUUCCAAUAUUCCUCAUUUUUGACUGCUUGAUUCACUUUAAUACAGGAUAUUUCGAAAAAGGACAAGUCAUUACAAGUAGAACUAAAAUUUUUAAAAAGUACUUCAAAAAUAAUAUUUUAAAUGACUUAAUUUCUUUGGUGCCUUUCUUAAUUACAAUCUAUGGAGAGCUAAGUUAAUAGAUAUAUAUAAAAAUAGAUGGCAAAAAUUAAAUACUAGAAAUAGUACUAAAAAUUUUGAUAAUACCAUUUUUUUUUAAAGCCUUUUACAUCAAAAAUAGAGUUAUUAAAAGAAUAGAAGAAAGAUUUCAUCUCUCCUUUCAAGCUACUAAUAUCAUUAUGCUUGCAAAGCUUUUAUAUACAAUUAUAUUAAUUAAUCAUUUAUUUGCUUGUCUUUGGGUAGGCACUGCUAAAAUUGAAUUGGGUUUAAAGUACACUGAUACUUGGAUGAAUUACUAGCAAUUACAUCAAAGCUAAUGGUCUGUAUAAUAUGCAGCAGCAUUUUAUUUUACAACAGUAACAAUGAUUACUGUAGGCUAUGGUGAUAUACUUCCAAUUACUACUCUUGAAAAAGUAGUAUGCAUUUUUAUUAUGAUGAUUUCUUGUGGUGUAUUUGGUUACUCAUUAAAUGAAAUAGGAGCAAUAUUUAGUAAUUUCUAUCAAGUUGACAAUCAAAUAAAUCAAAAAAUAGGCAUAAUCCAACGAUUUAUGAGUAGAAAAAAUAUUAAUCCUAGCUUAGAAUAUCAGAUUCGUGAAUAUUUAGAAUAUUAUUGGAGAGAAUAAGCAGAAUAAGAUUAGGAUUAAGAAUAAAGUAUAAUCGAUUAAUUGAGUGAGUCUUUAAAAUCAAAGCUUUUAAUUGAAGCAAAUAAAAUUGUCUUGAAAGACUCACCAAUUUUCAAACUGAACUUUUCAAAAUACCUAAUUGAGUAAACUGUUCCUUUGAUAAAAUAAAUAAAAUAUUCACCAGAAUCUUUAGUUUGCUAAAGAGGUGUCUCGGAUGAUGCUGCCAUUUAUUUUAUUGAAAAUGGUUCUGUUGACAUUAUAAUGAAUACAAAGGAUAAAAAGUCAAAACCUUUAUUUUCAUUGAAGAAAGGAGAUAGUUUUGGGACUUUUACAUUUUUUACAGGGCUACCAAGAUAGAAUAAUGUUAUUGCAAGGGAGUUUACAACUAUUUUGAUGAUAAGAAGAAUAGAUUUUCUUUAGCUCUUGCAACAUUUUAAUGAAGAUUUUGAAAAAUUUUGCCAUAUUAGAGAUUAAAUAAGUUUUUUAAAUGAUUAUACUUCAGUAGGAAUAAAAUGCAUAAGUUGUAACUCUUCCUAUCACCUAGUAAGUGAUUGCUAAUAUCUACAUUAUAUCCCAAAUAAAGCUAAAAUAAUAAAAUGUCACAAUGAAAGUUAGAAUGUCAAAUAACAAUUGAGACAAGAAAUUUAAAGAAGAGAAAUUAAUAAAAGAUAUCACUUUAGAAAUGCUAAAAGCACUUAUCACGAAAUCAAUAGGCAAGCACAUAUAUUUUAGGAUCACUAUAAUAGCUGGAUAAAUAUUUCUGAUGAAGAUCUAACAGAUUUUUCUGAUGGUUAUUAUGGUGAGAGUGAGCUCAAUUAGUAGAUAAAAAACACAGAUGAAGAUCAAAACAAUAAAAAAAUGAAAUUUGGAUUUGAUUAAAAUAAUUAAUUUGGAAGCAAGAACUAAUUAGAAAAUAUUAAUGGUAAUGAAGGUGAAAUUAAUUAUUAAUGUUCAAGUUUUAAAAUGCUUACAUCACAGGGAAAUAAGCUGAGCAAGCAGAAAAGCCAGCCAGAUAUUGAAAAUACUCCUGAUAGAAAGAGUAUUCCUUCAAAGUUGUCAUUUAAAUAGAAAAAAACAAAAGAAUUUUAGAAUUCUGAGAUAAGAACCAGAAGUAAAACAGAAAGAAGCGAUCGCUAAUAUGAUGAAAAUGAUGAAAGAGAUUUAAUUUCAAUAAGGCUUAUAGUUGAUAGCGAGCAAGCAUCAUUUAAACCAUAUGUUUAGGAAGACUAAAGAAUAGAAAGAGUAAAAAAGAUAAAAGAGUAUUCAAGUAAGAGUCCUAUGUCAAGAAUGAAUUAACAAAAUGAUGAAACUGAUUUUACUUAGCUUGAAAAAAUAAACUCUGUUAAUUCUUCAGAGGAAAUUUCAGUAGACAAAGGGUAGAAGUAAAAGUUGUGCAAAAAAUAAUCGAAUGAUUUACUUAAAAUAGUUUCUCAAAUAGGUAGCAAGACAAAUAUCAAAGAAGAAGGGAAUAAUUAAGAUUAAAUACUGAGAUAGCUUUAAACUCUUCUAAAAAAUCAAUAGCUUCUAUUCAGUUAAAAUGAUUAAGUUAAAGAAAAUUAAAACCUUUAAAAAAUAGAUGAAAUCUUCCUUGGGUUUGACUAGAUGAAAUAAUUUGUUAAAUAUAACUAGAGAUAUAACUUUCCUAGUGUAAUUAGCAGAUAUAAUCAAUUUAUGGAUGCAAAAAAAAAAAAGAUAGCUAAAAAGAGAAAUGAUAGAUUGUCUAAAUUAAGAAGUACUUAUACAAAGACAUAACUAAAAAUAUAAGAUCAAAAUUAUUAAAGUUAGAGAAAGAUAUAGAACUUGAAUAUUAAUUUAGCUUAAAGUGACUUAGAUUUAACAAGAAAGUAUUUAUAAGAAGGUCAAAAGCAAGUCAGUGAUGUUGAAUCUUUUUCAUCUAGAUUAUAAAAUAGUAAAUAUUAAAAAAGUGAAAAUAUUUUUGAUUACAAAAAUUACUUUGCAUAAGAGUAGCAUAAUAGCAUGAAAUAUGGAAUGAACUCGAACAGUAAUCUAGUGCUAAACAGUCAUUCUCUAUUUAAAGACUAUUAACAAAAUGAUACUUCAAAUAUUAAAAAAUAAAUUAUGAUAAUUGGAGAUGAAUUCUUUAAAAUGCAGAAUUUCUAAGAACAAGAUAAAUAAGAUUUUACUUGUUUAGACGAGUUAACUCCUACAUCAGCGGCUGUCCCAAAUACAUUUUAUAACAAGGACUCCCUAUACUAAAGAUCUGUUAAUGAUAGAAAUUAUUUUUGA